UCCCGCAUGUGGUGUGGUAACUUCAGAUUAAGCUACAUCAGCAGUUAAUUGGACUUGUUGCGUAUUUGAGAAAAUGUUGCCGAAAUGAACAGUUUCUUGAUUAGGCCUACUUUCAGCAAGCCUUAUCUGACAUUCUGCGUAGUUUUACCUAGGCAUAGCCUACCUAUGGUGGAAUGCUGACCAUCCAAAUCCUCAGUCUUUUCCGCUAUUUCCGUCACAUGACGGAAAUCACAGUACAGAGCAAAACACUUCUGCUGUUUUAGCCGCAUAAACGUAGGCUAUCAUGGAUUAUUCUGCCAACGCUUCAAAGAAAAGACAGGGACACUUUUAAUUUGCUUACUCUCACAAAUAUCCUCCUGAAAGACGCAACAAUUGAUCGUUGCCGGAGUUGCAGCCACUUGGGGAACUGCGCUCAUCCUGGAAGAGAAGUUCCUUCCAGCUGUUCUCGAGCUGACUUUGAGGCGUCACGUCGGUAGCUCAUGAGAUAACUUUGAAAAAGUGGGUAAGAGCAGGCUGGGGCUGUUAUUUUGCAGUCAGAAGAAUGUCUACGACCGAGACGACCGAAAAAGUAGACUCCGAGACUGUAGAGGACCAUGGCGCUAACGGGAACUCUGCAGAUGUCGAAUCCAAGACAAAAGAUGACUUUGACCUUGCAGCAGUGUAUGUGUCAGAUGCCCAAUACAAUAGGAACAUCUUCUUUGAUGCAUCUCCGCAAGCUGUCAGGCUGUAUCAGUUUUACAACCACUGGGGCUUGCAAGUCCUUAUCUAUCUCUUCAUAAUUGUGGACCUAGGGUUAGCUGUGUUUGAAGAGCCAGCACUGAUUCCUGAUAUGCCAAUAUGGGCCUCCUCCAUAGUUGAGCUCAUAUGCCUAAUGGCUUUCACAGCUAGACUCGUUCACUAUGCUAAAGUCAUUCCCCGUGAGAAGUUCUGGCUGGACCCGAAGAACAUUUUUAUCAUUGUCAUCAUUUCACUCUCUCUGAUUGACAUGAUCACAUAUGUGGGUUUGAAAACGGCUGGACAUUUUGGAGUUCGUUGGUCCAGAGUCCUCAGGCCUCUUCUGCUUGUAAACAUCACAGAGGGUCGACAGCUGCGCCGGGCGUUCCGGAGCAUUCGUAAUGCGCUGCCACAGAUCUUCUAUGUCUUCCUCCUGUUCAUGUUCAGUGUGCUCAUGUUCUCCCUCAUGGCCCUCAAACUGUUUGGCAAAAGGGGUCUUCAAACAGUGGAAGGAACCGCAUAUUUUAACAACUACUUGGAGAUUGUCUUUGAUCUUUAUGUUUUAGUCACUACUGCCAACAGCCCAGAUGUCAUGAUGCCAGCGUACAACUCCAGUAGUUUCUUUGCUGUUUUCUUCAUUGUGUAUAUCCUCAUAAACACCUAUAUUUUCAUGUCAGUCUUCCUUGCGGUUGUAUACAACAACUACAAAAAAUACUUAAAGGAGGAAGUACGGCAGCUUGUGAAGGCCAAAAGGAGGAAGAUGUUGCGGGCUUUUGCUGUACUUCAACAGUCUGGUCUGGGGGAAGAGCCAGUGGUGAGCAAGGCCAGCUGGAACAAGCUGGUGUGUUUGGUCCAGCCGGGCAUCAGUAGUGCCCACAGAGAGCUGCUGUGGAGUGUCUCUGAUGACCUCAACAAGGGCUACAUAGGAAAGUUGGCGUUCAUCCAGCUUCCAGAUCUUCUGAAUAUCCAGGUUAUCACAAUGAAGACACGGCCCCACCCUCUGAAAAGAUGGCUCCCUAGUGUUUAUGAAUCCAGCGCUAGUCGUCUUGUCCACCGCAUGGUGCAGCACAAGGGGUUUGUCUACGUCUAUGACUUAAUCAUCCUGGUCAACGCGGUGUUCAUUGGCCUCGAUGAAGAGAACCCACUCAUAGCAAAUGCAGAAUGGGUCUUCCUGGCCCUCUACCUGCUGGAGAUCCUGCUGAAGCUCUACACAUGGGAGCCACGAGCCUUCUUCUCCAGACAUGAGUUUUGGAACUGGUUUGACACAAUCAUUGUUGUAGCUGCUCUGAUCGCCACCAUUUCUAACUGGGCUCUGCAGUCCUCUGGAGGCUAUACCAGCCGCCAGGUCCUGGACAUUGUUUUCAUCCUGCGUGUUCUCAGGCUUGUACGUGUGGUAGACAGCAUCCAAAGAUUUCGAACAAUUAUAAACACUCUCAUCAAAAUUGGGCCAACGAUUCUCACAUUUGGCCAGCUUAUAUUGGUGGUUUACUACAUAUUUGCCAUGGUUGGUAUGGAGUUGUUCAAGGACAAAGUCCUUUUUUUUCCACCGGACUCCACAGACCCACAGAAGGAGUAUUGUGGAAAUCCCCUCCUGAAAGGGACAACUUUUGCUAAGAACAAUUACUGCAAGAAUAAUUUCAACAACGUUGUGUCUUCUUUCAUUCUGCUGCUGGAGCUCACUGUAGUCAACCAGUGGCAUGUAUUGGCAAGUGGAUUCACAGCUGUUACCCAUGUUGCAGCACGAAUCUAUUUUGUGUUAUUCCACAUUGUGGUUGUUAUCAUCAUCAUCAACAUUUUUGUGGCCUUUAUUCUCGAAGCCUUUUUUGUUGAGUACACCGUGGACAAAAGUGUCUUACAGACGUCUAUAGAGAAGAAAAUUGAAGAACUGGAGCUAAAUGUUUCUUUGGAAGCAGAGGGUAACUUGGUGGACGCCAUGGAAACAAAUGAUAAUGACAUGGGAUCCUCUCAGACUCCAAAGGAAAAACCUUCACUGAUGUUCAGAAUUGCUUCAAAAAGAUAUAAAACAGUGGAUGGCCUGUUGCAGAGGAUGUUUGAAGCAGACCUUACUCUGGAAGACAUUGAUGAAGAGGAUGAAAAUCCAACCUUUCCAAAUCCAGUCUUUGGCUCUGUAUAACCAGUACUGAAAGGGAAUGAACAAAUAUGUCUGUUAAGCAUUUAUUUUUCCAAAAAUACAUUGUAAAUGCAUAUUUUUGCACCAUAUAUUUUUGAAAGAGACCAAAUUUCUUGAAUGUACAGCAUGUAAACCAAAAGUCAACCACUAUAUACGAGCAUAUAUGUCAACUGUUUGUGAUCAUGAUUUAUGUAUUGGUUGUCAGCAGACAACUUUAUAAAGCACAAGGCCAAAACUU